AUGAAUCACUCAUACGACCUAGGGCUGGAAGCCCGGAGAGAACCUAAGCGUGCUAUGUCUCGUUCAAUGCGAGGAGUCAAGCAAGAAUGCAAUGUGGGCAUAGCUGAGGAAGAAAAGACCCUCAAGCCGAGGAAAAGGGCCCUGGUUGCAUGCAACCGAUGCCGAAAGAGAAAGAUCAAGUGCAACGGUGAUCUGAACAAUGGCCUUGCCUGCUCAAGUUGUCUAUCCGUGGGGGCCAAUGAAUGCCAUUACUCAAGGGUCAACUCCCUAUCCACCGAAGAGGCUAUAUACUACGUACCCAAAUCAGGGAGAUCAAACUAUCUUCCCUCGGGAUCGCCUCAUUCGCCUCAGCUGAGGACUCCAUACCGAGAAGAAUACGGCAUGGAGCAGCCCAACUACUCACGGCAAACUGUCGGGAUGGAUCCUCUCAUGGCUUACGAUGAGCAAUCAGUCGCCUACCAGUCAGGCUACACGCUCCCCAGCAACGUCGACUACUCGUGGGGUAACCGCUGGGAUCCAGCCCUGAGACCUACCGGCGAAUUGUUCGAGGACAACAUCAACCAAUAUAACUUCGUCGUGCCAGGCCAAGUACCUCCAACUCAUCCCCCAUCCUUGCCCGAACAACCAUCUACAACCUUCCCAGAGGUAGACCGCACUCUGCCCACACCACGCAGCCAGCCAGAUGUUUCAGACCAGAAACCCUGCUAUGGCCGGGACCGAAUGCACACUGCCUACAAUCCCCGUGUCAAGCCCGACGACACAGAGCUAGUCUUCGGUUACAUCCCCAUGUCCACAGCCGAUGAUACAGUUCCUCUCCCGGCUACCGUGCCUUCAAACUAUGACCCAGAGAUGGAGUAUAACACGGAUCGCUUGCCACGCACAUACUCUUGCGACGCGGGCCAGCGUAUUCUCCCUCUCGAUGCGUACGGGUACAGCAGUGGUCGGAAGACCGAGCGCGCACCAACACUCAUGAAUGGCCUGCCCUAUACCCGUGUCCGACCUUCGGAUACGACGCAGUACAGCUUUCUCCCCGAUGCCUUACCAGAAUAUGGGCGGGAGAUUCAUCGAUCUGCUGUUUCCCCGCUGGGGCAUCCUGGCUACUGA